AUGGCAGCCAGCAAGAAAGUCGCAGAGUCGACGCUCUACCACCUCAGUUCCAAGGGUUUCUGGAAGAAAUUCAGGGACGUGGUCGCUGUCAACCCAGCAAUUUCGACCGGUUUGCCUUUGCCUACUGAACACCGUUAUCCACCACCAGCUUCGCGACCCGAGAAGUACUCAACUCCUGCUACCAAAGCCUCCGACAUUGCGCAGAAUCCUUAUUGGAAACGAGAUGUCCGACGCGCCUAUCCUCAACUCUCCGUCGUCACCCAGGCUGAACUUUCUCAGCUUUUGAUUGAACACUCUGCAGCACCAAGCGUUGCUGCACCCAAGGAGGGCGAAGCCGGUGUACCCGCUGCUGCUGAGAAGGUCGAGCUUGCAGACGCCAUUGCCACCAUCACCAAGGACAACCAGGUCUAUACCGAGGCAAAACUUCCUCCCGCUCUCCCAACUCCCUAUAAGAAGUGGGAACCCAGCCUGUCUCCUCCUCCCCCUCACAACCCUCAUUCCUACUUCCCCAUGUCGUUGUACCACUAA